GAUUAACGCAUGGAAGGUCUGGCUCGUGAUGGCGGUGCUGAUCAGGGGCUGGGUAUACAGGGUGCCUGUUUUGCCGAGCACCCAUCGGUGCGUCGCUCAGCUGGAUGAGCCGGCGGGCGCUGAGCUGGCGCCCUCCCGCGAGCGGAGAAGGGGCCGCCCUGUUCCUGCGGCGGUGGCGGGCCCCUUCGCGAGCGAUGGUGUUUGCGCCUGGUGGAGUACCUAUGUUGACGGCUUCGAGGCCGGGGAGGUUCUCAAUUGUGGGGCCGCGCUACCUUUGGUCAGCACCCUUGGCCGCCUCCAGGAGCAGAUGAGGAAGAGCUACGCGAGGAACGACAUCCCCAUCUGCGCCAACGAGGCUAACCAGUGGCUGGUCCUCGUCACUCGCAUGCGCAUGGAGGUCGAUGGAGCUGCAGACUGGGCGGCGAACAACCGAGUGAGGAACAUGCCGCUGCGUGGCCUCACCCUGCGGCUCCUGACACGAUGCACCGAGCUGCCGAAAAACUGCGUUGGUGGACAGACGCGCGCUCGCUUGCCGCUGCCUUUGGCGUCUGCAAACCUGAGGUCGAGGACCGCCGGCGACGUCUCAUUCUCGGAUGUCAGCGAGGAGGCACCGCGCGUGCUCCUGGUCAACCUGUUUGACGGGGUAGGCGGCCCGAUGGUCUCUCUGGCGCGAACAAGUGCCACCAUCGACAUGAGCAGCGGGGGUGACACAGGAGUUAGACGCGCGCUACGAUCGCGCUGGCCUGGACUGAUCGAGCCGGGGCCCGUGGGAGAGAUCCAGGUGGGGCAGCUCGAGGCCUUAACCUUGUUCCCGGGUCGCAUCGAGGCUUCGAUUGUCGCUGGAGGCUGCCCCUGCCAUCAUUUCAGCGUAAUCAACGCAGAUCGGCGAGGGGCCCACAGCGGUCGGAGCGGCCUGGUCACGCGCAUCCCCGAGAUAGUGCGCGCGUUGACUCAGGCAAUCCUCAAGGCCCCGCGGUCGCAGGCAGAGCUCGCGCAGAGCUACGGCCUCAUCGAGUCCAUUCAG